AUGGCUGGCCUCCGGCUGCUCUUAGUGUUUCUUUCCGCAAUGUCCAGUGCAGAAUCGAUGGGCUGGGGCCAACAGAAGGGAAGAAGCUGGGGCUGGUCAGCGUCCCAGUGGAGGCCAUCCCACAACACCCAGCCAGCCCAAGUGAUUCGCAUUGAGGUCGACAGAGGUGAGAGCUCCCAGAAGCAGGAGAGGCAAAGGGAACACAGCCGCAGACACAGCAAGAAGAAAGAAAAGAAAUCCCGGCGCGGGAAGUCUGACCGCGAAAACCGACUCGAAAAGGAACUGCAGAUGCUCCAGGCAGAGAAGGCAGCCAGGGAAGCUACAGCUGAAAAGGACAAACUGAUGCAAGAAAUGGAAAGCAAAGUGGCCGCCGUACAGCAAGACCUGCUGGCACAGCUCAGCAAGUUUCCAGGAGCCAGAGCACAACCUGACCACAAGCCCGGGCCUCCAAAGAACCAGGACCAAGGUCAGAACCAAGUGAAGGACCAGCCAUUGACGCCAGCAGAAAAGAUGGCCAUUUUCCACGCGCUUGGGUCCUAUGAAGGUGUGAAAGAGUGCAAUCAGUGGUCCGAGUUUGAAAGCCGCCUUGCCAAGGAAGACAUGGAAAGGCUGAAAGUGUUGUUUCGUCACGUUCACCGAAGAGGGAAUCCCCCUAGGUCUACAGCCACCAUUGUGCCCAAGAUCCUGGCUGGAUUGAAAGCAUCGCUGGAAGAAUUCGCUCAGCCAUGA